ACAAAAAAUGUCCUUCCUUCCAUGCAUUCAAAUAUUUAACCUUGUACUGGUUACAGCUGAAAGCUUUCCGAUUUGUUGUGUCUAAUGCAUGUUCUUGAAUGGUUUGUUAAUCUUCUUGUGAAGGUCUGUUUGUCGACACUGAGCCGCUGGGAGAAAAAAAAGCUGCUGGUCUGUUCUGAUUGAGAGAAAAGCCCUUCUGUUGAACUCCACUAUAUAAAGGCAGCAAUUUGUCUUUAUCCUGAGACUUGCAGCAGCAGCCUUCAGUGAAAUGUUGAACAUCAGUGAUCUGCCUCUGCAGCUCCGGCCCUCCAGGGCCUCGGAUUGUCUGCUGCAGCCAUUCUGGGAUUAUUUGCUUUUGCACCACCUGCCUCUCGUCUCAUCUCCCUUUUUCCCCGUCCUGCUUGCCUUCUCCAGCUAUUUCUUCUUCAGCGUACCUUUUGCUGCACUGGACCUCUUGGGAGAAAGGGUGCCUUUUCUCUAUCGGUACAAGAUCCAACCAGACAGGCAGCCAACAGUGGGAAUGAUGGCUAAGAGCUUCAUGACAGCCCUGUAUAACCACUUAUUUUUUGUUCUGCCAGCUGUAAUAGUUGGCAUGUUUAUAUUGCCUACACCAACACUGCCACAGGAUGCUCCUUCUCUAUAUGAGCUAUUUAUUGAUGGACUGGCUGUACUUCUCCUCUUCGACACUCAGUACUAUAUUUGGCAUUUCAUACAUCACAAGCAUUCACAGCUUUACCGCUGGAUUCAUGCAAUCCACCAUGAAUACAUGGCGCCUUUCUCUUGGUCAACUGAGCAGCUCAGCAUCCCAGAACUGAUGACUGUUGGAUUCUGGAGCAACCAGGAUCCGAUUCUUUUAAAGUGCCACCCACUGACCACAUGGUCCAUCACAGUUUUUAGUAUCUGGAUGUCUGUGGAGGACCACAUAGGCUAUGACCUGCCUUGGACCCUCAACCACCUGGUGCCUUUUGGUCUGCUGGGCGGUGCACCAGCUCAUGACAUGCACCACCAGAAGCCGAGCAGCAACUACGCUCCUUUCUUCAGCCACUGGGACAGGAUCUUUGGCACUGCGGUUCCUCUUAAGAAAAAGACUAUGAGAAAAUAAUGGA